AUGGCAAAAACAGUAUGCAUCAUUGGCGCUGGUCCCUCUGGCCUCGUAGCUGCCAAAACUCUCACGCAUGCUCAUCCCCCUGGUACAUUCCACGUGACCGUUUUCGAGGCAUUACCCCGAAUAGGCGGACUAUGGCCGAUCUCCCCUUCAGAUUCUUCAGGCAUGGUGAACCCAGACAUGUGCACGAACCAGAGUAAGCAUACUGUCAGUUUCAGCGAUUUGGCGUGGGAUGAAGACGUGCCGGCUUUCCCAAAGGCGUGGCAGGUGGGGAGGUAUCUGGAGAGGUAUGUGGAGGUGUAUAGGGGAUAUGAGAUUCGAAGGGGUUGCAAGGUUGUGCGGGCAGAGUUAAUGGGUGAGAAGUGGGUUGUAAGGACUCGCGAGGGGACCGUGGAAGAAACGAGUGAGUUUGAUCACCUGAUUGUUGGGACUGGGUUCUUUGGAAAAGCCAAGGUUCCGCAGAUACUUGAGGGUUUCAAAGCUCCCGUAGUGCAUAGUUCUCGAGUGAGAGAUGUCAAAGACCUUCUCACCAAUGGCGGUAAAGCUCCCAUGGUUACCGGUAGAAACAUUGUGGUCGUUGGUGGACAGAUGUCUGGUGUUGAGAUUGCCGCGGCAGUUGCUCUUCAAUUGUCUUCCGCUGAAAAUACACCGGGAGAGAGUAGUCUUUCCAAUGCCUCAGAGUACUAUAUUACUCAUAUUGUCCAGAACCCAGUCUGGGUAAUGACUUUAUUCUUCCCCAAGGAUCCUGUUUUGGACAUAGCUGGUUUAGAUGGUCAGCAGAAGAAGGAAUCAAACAAUUCACCAUCUUUUCUACCAGUAGAUUUGGUCUCAUACAACUUAGGAUGGCGACCAGAGGGACCAGUACAAAACAGUUCCGGCUGCAUAUCACCAGAAGCAGCAAAUAAGACUCACAACUUUAUGAACACCUACCUUGGCACUGAUCAAAGCGAAUUUGGGUCUCCUUACCUAGCCAUUCAAGGGGAUACUCGAUCAAAUCCACCUUUUGUGACAGUCAGUGAUGGCUAUCACGAAUUUGUACGGGCACAAAAGAUUAAGAUCGUGAAGGGAAAAGUCACAAGCAAUGAAGCGGAUGCCCUUCAAAUCAAAGAUGGAUCCACCUCAUCUCUCAUGCAAGAUGUCGCGGCGGUCAUUCUCGCAACCGGGUUCGAUGCCACUCCAUCUCUCGACUUCCUACCCACAGAAAUGCUCUCAGCAUUAGAAUUCGACCCAACAAGCGAUGCAUUCCCCCUUGCCCUAAAUAUCCAUUCAACAGUCAACGCCGCAAUUCCAUCCCUCGGCUUCGUCGGCUUCUACCGCAGUCCAUACUGGGGCGUUAUGGAAAUGCAAGCCCGCUACCUAGGCAAGCUCUGGAGUGGGGAUGCCAAAGCAGCGUCUGCACUCGCCAAAGACACGACGCUCGAGACUAUGCUGAAACUACGAACUGAACCUCGAAGAGCGCAGUUCCCUAUGGGAGAUUAUGCGUUCUUGAUGGAAUCAUUCAGCAGCAUCAUGGAUAUUAAGCGGACCGAACCUGGCGACUCCACAGGCCGCACAGGAUUAGUUCUCCCUUCUCGCUACCUUCCUGACUCAGCCUCCGCAACAGAACGCAAGGAAGCUGCAUCUGCACUUUCAAUCAUUGAUCAUACCAUAACCGCGUCCGCGAAAACGGGAAAAUACGUUGCGCGCGCAGCCUUUCGAGCCAUGCAAGGAGACUGGACCCUCCAACGCACGAUCACAAGUCGUAUCGCUACCUAUCCCUCCGGCACACUCUCCGGAACCGCGUCUUUCAAGCCUAGGUUUCCGACCGACCCUGCUUUUGACGCGGAGUAUCUGUAUAUUGAGAAUGGGGAGUUCAGCGCAACGAACGGAUUGAAGUUUGGGGCGAAACGAAGUUACGUACACCGCUACACAUCAUCCACCGACACCCUAUCCGUCUGGUUCACAAAACCCGACCACAAGACCGUCGACUACCUUUUCCACGCCCUCGAAAUCAUCCCACCAGUCUCCGAAUCCGAUCCCUCUGAACCAUGGCGCGCCAAAAGUAGUCACUUGUGUAUUGAGGAUUUGUAUGAUGUGGCGUAUGCGUUUAGUUUCAAGGGCGUGGGGCUUGAGGAGUGGAGUUUGGAAUAUAGUGUAAAGGGGCCGCAGAAGGAUUAUACGAUCCGAAGUGUUUAUAGACGGUGA